AUGCCAUCCACAAAUGAAGUUGCGGCACUUAUCAUAGGGGAUUUCGAUUUGGCUAUUGGUGAAAGAGAUAUUUUAGUUAAAACUCAAUCUGGAGAACUGAAACGAAUAAAUGAGCUCAAUGCUUCAUACCUAUCUCUUCAAUAUCCAUUGCUUUUGCCAUACGGGGAAGAUGGUUAUAGGGAGGAUAUUCCAUUAGCAGAUUCAAAAUCAAUUGCGUCUGCUCGAAGAAAAAAAGUUAGUAUGAGGGAGUACUUCACCUAUAGAUUGCAAGAAAGAGACUGUGAAUCACCACAUAUUCUAUUCUCUAGGAAACUUUUCCAACAGUUUGUGGUCAAUGCUUACACGAUGGUUGAAUCGUCAAGCUUGGCUUAUUUACGAACUCAUCAAAAAGAGUUGAGAUUAGAAAUGUACAGUGGCUUGAUAGAUGCAGUAUUACGAGGAGAGACUAACCCUUCAACGUAG